GCUGCCCAGUAGAGAGGAAGGCCGGGGAAGAGCGCAGGAGGAAACGGUACCCGCCGGAGGCCCGGCUCACGCGAGCCUGGGCCGGUCGGGGGCGGGUUAGGGGCAGGGCUUGCACCGGUCGCUGGGGACGGGGCGGGGCCUGGGGCUCGGAAAGGUGGGCUUUGGAGGGCGGCGGUUGGCUGCCGCCUUGUCGCCGGGACUGCUCGGCUUCCGUCCUAGAGCAAAGGCGGCUUGGCCGGCCCCGGGAUCGCCAUGGAGUCCGCGAUGAGCGCGGGCAUCGCAGUGGCCGAGGCGCUGCAGAACCAGCUGCCCUGGUUGGAGAACGUGUGGCUCUGGGUCAACUUUCUCGGCGAUCCCAAGAGCCUCUUUCUGUUCUACUUCCCCGCGGCCUACUACGCCUCUCGCCGCGUUGGCAUCGCGGUGCUCUGGAUCAGCCUCAUCGCCGAGUGGCUCAACCUCGUCUUCAAAUGGCUUCUGUUUGGAGACAGGCCCUUUUGGUGGGUCCAUGAGUCUGGGUACUAUAGCCAGGCCCCAGCCCAGGUUCACCAGUUCCCCUCUUCUUGUGAAACUGGUCCAGGCAGCCCUUCUGGACACUGCAUGAUCACAGGAGCAGCCCUCUGGCCCAUAAUGACGGCCAUCUCUUCCCAGAUGGCCACUCGGACCCACAGGUGCUGUCCUGGGCUGGCUGAUGGCUCCCCAGGUACCCAUGGAGCGGGAGCUAAGCUUCUAUGGGUUGACCUCACUGGCCCUCUUACUGGGCACCAGCCUCAUCUAUUGGACCCUCUUUACGCUGGGCCUGGAUCUUUCUUGGUCCAUCAGCCUGGCCUCCAAGUGGUGUGAGCGGCCUGAGUGGGUGCACGUGGACACUCGGCCCUUUGCCUCCCUGAGCCGUGACUCAGGGUCUGCCCUGGGUCUAGGCAUCGCCCUGCACUCUCCCUGCUAUGCCCAGGUACGGCGGGCAUACCUGGGAAAUGGUCAAAAGAUAGCUUGCUUUGUGCUGGCCAUGGGGCUACUGGGCCCCCUGGACUGGCUGGGCUACACCCCUCAGAUCAGCAUCUUCUACAUCGUCAACUUUCUCAAGUAUACCCUCUGGCCAUGCCUGGUCCUGGCCCUCGUGCCCUGGGUGGUGCACAUGUUCAGUGCCCAGGAAGCACCACCCAUCCGCUCUUCCUGACUUCAGGUGCCUCCUAUUUGCCACUUUCCCUCCCACAAAAGCAACACUCCAUGAUCUCCAGUCCAGGAGGCAGCCCAUCCCCUUCGAGCCCCCAACAGUCCCUGUUCAUCUUGAAUUUCCCACUUCUCCCACCACAUGGUCUUAGCCCCAAAGAAGGGCCAUGUGUCUUGCAGAAAGGCUGGUCCUCCUCCUGCCUUCCCUCCCAAGUCCCCAAAGAGCAAAGGCAACAGCAAGACCAGUGGGUUCCUGCAACACUGUGAGGGGCUCAGAGCAGCCUCAAUAAAGCCCUUGAACAUUUC